CAAGAUGUCCGUGCGCGGCGGCGGGCGGGCGCGGGCCGGGGCCGGCCUCUUGGGGCUGCUGUGCUGCAGCGCCCUGCUGCCCCCGGCCACGGGGUACGUGAUCGUGAGCUCCGUGUCCUGGGCCGUCACCAACGAGGUGGACGAGGAGCUAGACAGCGCCUCCACCGAGGAGGCGCUGCCCGCGCUGCUGGAGGACUCGGGCAGCAUCUGGCAGCAGAGCUUCCCGGCCUCGGCGCACAAGGAGGACGCGCACCUGCGGCCCCGGGCCGCCGCCGGCCGCCCCCGGCCGCCCCCCGGCCCGCCCGGCAUGUUCUCCUACCGGCGCGAGGGCGCCCCGCCCGCCCGGGCGCCGCGCCCCGGGACCGCGCGCUUCCUGGCCCACUCACACUCCUGGGGCUGUCUGGCCACCGUGUCCGCCCGGGAGAAGAUCCGGGGGCUGCCUUUUGGGACCUACCUGCCCAUCAGCGAUGGCGUCAUCAACAACAGCACUGGGAUUCCUUUCUUCUACUUGACACCCAAGGACCCCGCUGUGGCUGAUCUGAUGAAGAACCCCAUGGCCUCGCUGACGCUGCCGGAAUCGGAGGGAGAGUUUUGCAGAAAAAACAUCGUUGACCCGGAAGAUCCCCGGUGUGCCCGAUUAAUGCUCACCGGCCAGAUGAUUGCUGUGUCUCCAGAAGAAGUAGAAUUUGCGAAGCAAGCCAUGUUUUCAAGGCACCCCGUUAUGAGGAAGUGGCCCCGUCAGUAUGAGUGGUUCUUUAUGAAGAUGAGGAUAGAACACAUCUGGCUUCAGAAAUGGUAUGGAGGAGUAUCUGAGAUUUCAAAGGAGGAAUAUUUCAAAGCAGUUCCAAGAAAGGCCUGAUGGAGUAAGAGAAAAGACCUCGGUGUUUGCUUUAACAUGAAAACCUUUUAAGUCAUUUUGCCAGAAAGCUGUUGCCUGCUGUCUCUUUGUUGAAAGGUUCAUAGCAGCCCUGUCAUCCUUACUGAAGAACGAAAGAGGAUAAACAGGGAACCCUGUGCUAGACUUGAAAUUAAAGCGGUCAUUUGCCAAUCCUCCAUUCACACAGUUUCUUCACCUAUCUAGCCUUUGUUUACAUUGUAUCCAAGCGAGACUCACCGAUUUGAGAACCAUCUGGCUUGUCAAAUUGACAGUUUGAAACAGUUGCUGUUCCAUUUUUUAGAAAAAGAAAUUAUGCCUGUAAGUACAAUGUGAUUACUUUGUAUCCUGAGAGUAUUGUUGUUGCUUGCUGUGCCAAAAGCAGUGUCUGGGUUCUAGCCCAUUGCAACCACAAAAUAACUAAAUAUGCAUCAUACAGUCACGAGACUGUGUUUAGGGAGAGGGUGGAGGACUGUUUGUCUAUGGAUUACUCACUGUGCUGCUGGAGUGCAAAUGCAUUAUUAAGGUACAUUUGCUAGAAUGUGUAGAUCACGUAGGAAGCUUCUUCCCACUGUAAGUUGAUGAGCAGCGGGAGAACAUGCACAGAUCAGGGCACAGCCUUGCUCUUGGUAAGCAGGCCACGGUAGCACAUUAAGAGGAUGGGGUGGCUUUGGUGUCAGGCUCUCAAUGUCCCUGCAGCUCAUGCUUCUGACAGGGGCUGCCCCUCUGGGGGGCACCUCAUUCUGUGGUAUGUAGAGGAGACUCCUGGGAGAGGGGAGAGGGUAAAUCUGGGAAGGCGGAAACGUAACAUGUGAGAAGGAAGGAGAGGAGUCAAGGGUAUAACUGACAGCCCACCUCAUGUCCAGGCCAUUUGCACAAGUCAUCUCAUUUCAGCCUUACAACCAAUGAGACACAUGUCAUCACUGCCACUUACAAACGAGGAAACUGAGGCUCAGAGAGAUCAAGUCAGAUUCCCGAGCACAGACUCCAGAACUCACUCCCCGUAGUGGACAGAGUAGUACCUAAAAGCUUUCCAGUUUUCAGAAGGAGACAAAAGAGUUACAUAAAUGCACAGGUAGUCAGUCAUUGACCUGGGAAAAUCAGUACAGCGGAUGUCAAAGAGAAUGAUUUACCUACCUGGAGUGAUUUGCCACUGCUUUUGCCCCCCCAAAAAAUGUCUCAAGUUUGAGUCUUGAGUCUUUUUGUGGUGGUUUUCUUUAGGUGAAGAUUUACAGAGCAAAUUAGUUUCUCAUGAAACAAUUGAUACACAUACUGUUUUGUGACAUUGGUUGCCCACCCUGUGAUGUGUCAACACUAUCUUUCUCGACCUUGGGUUUCCAUUCAUGCAUUGCCAUUUCUAUUCAUCCAGCUUUCCUGUCCCCUCCUGCCUUCUAGUCCUGGUGUGUCCAUUUAGUCUCAUUUCGUUUUAUGGGCCUGUCUCAUC